UCUGUACUUCCUAAAGGAAACCUACGAUUCUUCAGGUUCCCCAUAACAAAACAUAUUGGUACAUUGUGUGCUUACCGAGUUUGUCAGUUCCAAUAGAGGUACGGUAGCUAGCACGUUCAAUCAUUAAUUUAGCCAGCGACCGAGUGAAAAUGACACAGGCAACAUUAGAUGAGUCGGUUCGUUAUUAGCUCAUAAUUUUGUUUGUUGACGGAACUAAUAUUGCAUUAGCGUCGGAGCACCGACUGAUAGCUAACGGCCGCUAGCCCGCUGGCUACAAAACAACAACACUCAACUGGGUGGAUCUAACGUCAACAGUGGCGACAUGAUGAGAGGGUCACAAUAUAGCUAAUUUAACGUUUAUGUUUACACUUGACAACUAACGUUACACCACGGACAAACUUUUUACUCUGCUGGUAUUUGCAGCACACCAGUAUUCUCUAGUCCCCCUUCCCUCUCCCCUUCCUGCUCCACCCAACAUUAUCCCCUCUCCCUUCCUGGUCCUGUGAGCGUUAUGUGCGCCAUGCGUGUGGAUGCCAAAGUGGUUAUGCUUGGGAAAGAGAGUGUUGGCAAGACCAGCCUCGUGGAGAGAUAUGUCCACCAUCGCUUUCUCGUGGGUCCGUACCAGAACACUAUUGGGGCCGCUUUUGUUGCAAAGGCAAUCCAAAUAGGAGAGAAAGUGAUCACAUUAGGAAUAUGGGACACAGCUGGUUCAGAGCGUUAUGAAGCUAUGAGCAGGAUAUAUUACAGGGGUGCCCGGGCUGCCAUAGUCUGCUAUGAUCUGACUGACAGCAGCAGUUUUCAGCGUGCGCGGUUCUGGGUGAAGGAACUGCAAAACUGCGAGGAGCAUUGUAAGAUCUACCUGUGUGGCACCAAGAGCGACCUGGUAGAGAGCGACCGAGGCCUGAGACAGGUGGACUAUCACGACGUUCAGGACUUUGUUGACGAGAUCGGGGCCCAGAAUUUUGAAACCUCCAGUAAAACAGGAAGCAACGUUGAUGAGCUCUUCCGGAAGGUGGCAGAGGAUUACAACAGCGUCGCUUUCCAGUUCAUGACAGAAGAGACGGGCGUUGACUUGGGCCAAAAGAAGGAUUCCUACUUCUACGCCUGCUGCCACAACUGAGCCUGGAGGCUGGGGUUUCCACAUUGCACAGCAGCCCUGCCCCCACCCCACCAGACCCAGCUCAGUUGGAUGGUGCACCUGCUGGAGGGUCUUUCACUUAAAACAAGCGACCCUUACAAAGACUUCCAAGCAGUGCUGUGCCAUUUUAUGAUAUAUAUUUUUUUUUUUCUACGUUUUUUGAGGUUGCUAUUUUCGGUUGUGCCAUCAAGCCAUAGGCUGUGUCAUUUUCUCGCAGUUGUAGAAGGAACCUAACUGUUCUGGCAUGAGCACGUUCUCAGACAUAACCCCAGAGUGUGCUCCAGCGACCUUGUCUGAAGGUGAGGAGGAACUGUGUUGAGUCAUCUCAAGCUCACUUCUGUAAUGAUACCAAUGAUCUGAUCGCCUUCUAGAGCGCAGUAUAAACGCCUUGACUUUUUGUGUGUAUUUACGAUUUACGUUGACUUGAUCCACACGUGUGGCUCUUUGUCUGACCACUUAUUUCAGUGUCUGUGAUGAAACUCCAGAUAUGUCUCGUAAACCUUCCAGUUUUUGUUUUGUCACCGUAAGCUAUGAUUCUGUCGAAAGUACAUUCGGCAAAAACACAGGAGGAGUUUGUGGCUGAAUGUUGUAAUCUGACAGUUAGGCCUCAGUCAACAUGGCUUAUAGCCCAAGAGAAUCUCAGCAGUCACACCCUGGACACUAAGAUCACGUUGCCAAGGCAAUGCUGUUGUUGUUUUUUUUAAGUUAUUAUAGUGACCUUAUAACAUGGCUGUGGCUAUUGGUUUCACUUUUCCAACAUGUAAGACAUGAUGGGAAUUUUCAGCUUUCUGAGAAUGUAAUGUUUAAUGUUUACACCCUCUGCAACAGACUGGCCAAUGACAAAAGUUUUACUUGAUUUUAUCCAAGUGUGUGUGUGUGUGUGUGUGUUUGUGCCGAUUCGUUUGUAGUGAGUUUUGAAGCACCAGUUCAUCAGACAUGUUGGAUCAUCUUCUUCAUGUGGUUUUCCUACUGUCUACAGCUUAGCCAAUCACAACCAAGGCUUUCCACUGUCUACAGCUUAGCCAAUCACAACAGAGGCUGCUACUCAAAACCCCCAUAUCGUCCUUCAACAGCAGUUUACAUCAGACUGCACUCAAACAUAUUAUUACGUAUGUUACCUUAUGGUUUACACUCCAAUGUUGUUCCAGAGAAACAUAAGCACCUCGAUGUGAAGGUAUUCCCUGAAGAUGUAGAUGUAAUACCUCUGUCUGAGAGCACCCCGGUUCAGAUGGAUUUUGAAGGGUGAUUUAUGAAAGUUUUCCAGGAUUUUGCCGUCGAGGAUACUAGAGGCACAAGCACAAAGAGAGAAAGAUCCAUCUGGAGUUCUGCUUCUGAUUCGAGGCCUCGUAGGUCACUCGCCGUCGUCAGAGAACUCCGCGGGUCACAAGUGAAGAGUCAUCCGGUGUUCUCAUCUGCAGCUUGGAGACUUUUGGGAUUUUGUAGCAUGUUGUAAAUGAUGAAAAUAAAGAGUCCUCCGGUU